GAGAGCGUCACGCCGUCAUGCAGACGUAAUGUGACGUUCUACACAUCAGACUCUCAGUGGAUGUUUCUUGUUUGAGGCAGGGCUGCAGUAAAUAGUAGGCAGGAUGUUACGGCUUCGUUGUAAAACCAAAAAUGGUAGCCACAUAAUGCAGGGCUUGACUCAUCAGUCCUGUGUUCAAGAGCUGAAGAGGAAGGUGGAGGAGCUGACUGGUAUCCCCUGCGAUGUGCAGAAAAUUAUGGUUGGUUAUCCACCCUCCAGCCUUGAUCUUCGAAAUGGAGAUGCUCACCUCAAGGACUACCCCAUCAAAUCAGGAGACACGCUUAUUGUUGAGGAAGAAAAAAACAAGCCAAAGCCUCAGGAUCAUCCCACUGUGACUAAAACACCACGUCUGGAAGCCUCACCUGUGGUGGCGCGCCGAGUAGUCCCAGCUGACAACUCCUGCCUCUUCACCAGUGUGUACUAUGUGGUUGAAGGUGGUGUAUAUGACCCUGCUUGCGCCCCUGAGAUGCGAGGCCUCAUUGCCCAGAUUGUGUCAAGUGACCCCGCAGCUUACUCUGAAGCAGUGCUGGGAAAGACCAAUGAGGAGUACUGCGCUUGGAUAAGACGUGACGACACCUGGGGAGGAGCCAUCGAGGUGUCUAUCCUGUCCAAGUUUUACCAGUGUGAGAUCUGUGUGGUGGAUACUCAGACAGUCCGAGUGGAUCGAUUUGGGGAGGAUGCUGGCUACCACAAACGCGUGCUGCUCAUCUAUGACGGCAUCCACUAUGACCCUCUGCAGAAAGAAACGCCCGGUUCAGACGCCCCGCCCCAGACUAUCUUCGCCACCACAGACGACGUAAUCCUGGCCCUGGCCCUCGAGCUGGCAGAUGAGGCUCGCCGCAAGCGGCAAUUCACAGACGUUAACCGUUUUGCAUUGCGCUGCAUGGUAUGCCAGACAGGCCUGGUCGGACAAAAGGAAGCUCGUGAGCAUGCCAAGGAGACAGGCCACACCAAUUUUGGCGAAGUGUGAACAUCGUUUUGUCUUUUCUCCCUCUCACAAAUACUACCACCACCAACCCCGUGCCCCACGUCUGGCAACUGUUGGUCAAUCUGCUUGUGCGAUCCUCUACCUCACAUUGUCCAGCGACAUCGAUGGAGAAUCUGCAGACACUGUAUUCAGCCUCUAACCAGUUCAGUAUUUGGUCUUUAACUGCUGUCAGUUCUCAAAGUCAGAAACGCUACUGCAGUGCUCUGAUGUCAGACCAUCAUUUUAGUCUGUUAAGGAUGGUUUAAAAUCUGUAUAACUAGGUCAAGUAAAAUAGGCAAACAAUUCUUAGGAUAUGUUUUAAAUCUGUUUAGAUUACUCGAUGGGUGGGUUGUAUUGAUAACACACCAAAUAGUGGCUGAUGUGUUGUCAAUUAGAAAAUGCUCCAGAUUGGCAAUUGGCUGAGUUACUAAACUUGUCUGUGAUAAAACCCCACUAUCUGGCUCUAGAAAGAAUUUAAAACGACCACUAAGAAUUAUUUGCACCAGGAUCCGAUCACUUUUGUCUUAAGCGCAGCACACAAAGUUUGACUGUUAUUCAUCAUGUUGGUUAUGUAGCAUGUUUUUAUUUCCAUUGUUGAUAGAUGUAUGUCAGGGAAACUUUUCCUAUAUGAAAAACUGAUAAUUUUGAUGAACGCUAGAUGUCUGAAUUUUUCACAGUGGAGCUGUGUUCAUGCUAAACUGGAUUCGUCAUUAUCCAAAUGUGUCAUUUGUGACAUUGCUUUCAAUUUACUGAGCAUUGGCCAUUGAGUAUAGAUUUAGGAUUGAGAUUGAGGAUUUGCAAUUUGAAAUGAAGUUUGUGAUGCAAACUUUUUGCCCCCACCCCCCUUUUUUGAUGUUGCAAUAUGGUUUAUCGGUGAGCUUAUUUUAAAGACAUAAUGGUGCUGAAAACAACACAUCUUACAAAAUCUGUAGCUUUUCUUUCUUCAUGGGUACAACAGUUUAGGAGUGUAAUUUUUAAUUCUAGUGUGUAAUUUUCAGUUGCCAUCAUGCUGCAAAACCUAAUCCUUAAAGAAAUACAAAUAAAACAUUUUUUUAUGGUGAGAAGGUGUUGUAUUGACUAGGAAUCUGAAACGAGUGGCAUGAUGACAUGCAGUAUGUUAUAAAGCGUGCUCAUUAUGAAUUUACUGAUCAGGUACAGUCCAUACAUGAUGUGUUAACCAUUUACCUUUGCAGUUUUAAUGUUUCAGCCCAAAAGUAACACUAGUCAGGGUGUUUGAAAACUAAGCGUAAAGGUCCAUUUUUGUUUAAUAUGUAGUGCAUGUUGCCCAAGAAACACUAUUCUGUUCCACUCUUUUUCGCACAGUUGGAGUAUGUUCUCACGUUUUCAACUAGAGUCGGGCAUUAUCUCUUUGCUUAUUCCUUUUGAUUCUCACCGCCUACAAGGACAAAGCAUGCACUUGUGUUAAACCGCAGCUCAAUUUGGAGGAGGCCAUGAAGAUAUUUGUGGGAUUAGUAGUUUUUUUUCCUUGAAGCCCAGUUUGUGGCCUCAUGUUGUACAGAACCAGUAUUUUUACUUCACAUACCUGUGACGGUAAUAUUGGUACGAGUUGUUGCCAAAAAAUUACGUUUCACAGUGGAGGACUUGAUUGGGGCUUUCUUUCAGAAUCUUUUUUGGUGCAGAAUUAGAUGGUGUGAGAAGAUCUAAAAGGCAAAGCAGAAAUGUCAGAUAAUUUUUUUGUUUGAAUGUGAAUUACUAUAUUUUUCCUCAUCUGUUAUCUUAGGUAGUUUAUUUAGUUUUAGCAGUGUAUGAAUUAAUCUGCUUGCAUACAAGUGAAACUAUGAAAUGGCUUUGUUGUAUUUUGUAUUUACCAAGUUCUCAUGACUCUUCAAGGACAAUAACAAUGAAUGUUGCACACAAAGCACUACAGAAUAACUGGAUUUACUUGAUUUUUUUCAGUGUUGUGUCACAAUUAAAGGUUAAAGCCGA